GUUUAAUAGACACUCACCACUUGUAAACUCAUCUCUCUCACAUCAUGGCCCAUUCAGAUCAAGACUCAUCAACGAUGCGUCCAAAUCCAAAGCAUCUGAUCGACUUCUUCGCUCGCUCGCUCACGUCCUUCCACUCGUCGCCCGAUGUCUUUCGCAUCCUCUGCACUCUGCCACAUGCCGGCGCGGAACCAGUCUCGCGGCGGCCAGCAUCAGGAGUGUGCAGGUUAGUGGUUCUCGAUUCGAGUUUCAAUCCACCGACGAGGGCGCAUGCCGAGAUGGCGAGGUCUGCGCUGAAGUGGGCUUCUUCUUCGUUCUCGGAGGGGACGAGGCUGAUGCUGUUGCUGAGCGUGAACAACGCGGACAAGGCGCCCAAGCCGGCGAGUUUCCCGGUGCGGCUGGGCAUGAUGGAGGGUUUUGGACGGGAUCUGCUGGGGAGUCUUGAGGGUGUUGUUGGUGGGCCGGAGAUUGAUCUUGCGGUUACGAAGAUGCCGUAUUUCCACGACAAGGCGAGGGCGAUUGGCGAGAGCGGGAUGUAUUCUUCGGGAGGACAGGAGGAGCCGGAACAAGUGUUUCUAGCGGGGUUUGAUACUGUGAUUCGGAUAUUCAACCCGAAGUACUAUGGGGAAGGGGGCAUGAGGGCUGCGCUGAGGCCGUUUUUUAAGAGGGCGAGGUUGAGGGUUACUAUGAGGACGGAUGAUGAGUGGGGAGGGGAGGAGGAGCAGAGGGAGUAUGUGAGGGGGUUGGGGGAGGGGAAGCUGGAUGAGGUUGGAGGAGAUGUUGCGUGGGCUAGGAGGGUUGAUUUGGUGGAGGGGGGAGGGGAUGGGGUGAGUAGUUCGAAGGUGAGAGAUAUGGUGAAGAUUGGGGAGAGGGAGGGGCUGGAGAAGUUGGUUGAUGGGGAGGUGAUGGGUUGGAUUGAGGGAGAGGGGUUGUAUAGGGAAUAGACGGGGAUGGGGAUAUAGGGAUGAGGAUUGGGAUAGGAGCCGUGGUGAUGGUGUUUGGAGGUUUUGAUUUUGAUAUUGACUACCCGGGAGUGAAGCAGGAGAAUAUUUACAUAGAUGUGAUGCGCCGUUUGAACGGUGAAUGAUUUAUCAUGAUUGAUUUCGAAUAUUUAGGCUUUUUUGCUGGAUUCGAAUACAACAUUGAUGCAUGUUGACUACGAAAAUGAGAUAGAAUUGUUGGUAGACACAGAUAUCAAUAGAAAGCUUACGCC